AUGAGGCUCCGCAAUGGCACCUUCCUCACCCUGCUGCUCGGCUGCCUCUGCGCCCUGCUCUCGCUCUCCUGGUACGGGGCCUUCAGCGGGCAUAAAGGUGAGGUUGUGGAUAUCUAUCAGCGAGAGUUCCUAGCGCUCAGAGACCGUCUGCAUGCUGCUGAACAGGAGAGCCUAAAGCGCUCCAAGGAGUUGAACCUGGUCCUAGACGAGAUAAAGAGAGCGAUCUCUGAGAAGCAGGCUCUACGGGACGUAAACCGGACAUGGAGCAGUUUAUCUGAUGAAACCAAAUUAAAACUCUGGAAUAUCACCAACAAGAAUGUGCUGCAUCUUCCCACCAUCUUUCACCAUUUGCCACAUUUGCUAUCCAAGGAGAACAGUCUACAACCCGCUGUGCAUGUGGGACAGGGACGCACUGGAGUGUCCAUAGUGAUGGGAAUCCCCAGCGUGAAGCGAGAGGUGCAUUCAUACCUUACGGACACCCUGAACUCCCUGAUCUCAGAGCUCACCCAGCAGGAAAAGGAGGACACUGUGAUUGUUGUUAUGAUUGCUGAGACAGAUGAACAGUAUACAACUGGAGUGGCAGAAAACAUCAAAAACUUGUUCCCCAAGGAAAUACACUCUGGUCUCCUGGAAGUCAUUUCCCCCUCUCCACAUUUCUAUCCAGACUUUUCUCGCCUCCGGGAAUCUUUUGGUGACCCCAAGGAAAGAGUCAGGUGGAGAACUAAACAGAACCUAGAUUACUGCUUUUUAAUGAUGUAUGCCCAGUCCAAAGGCAUUUACUAUGUGCAGCUCGAGGACGACAUUGUAGCCAAACCAAACUAUCUCAGCACAAUGAAGAACUUCGCUCUGCAGCAGCCAUCUGAGGAGUGGAUGAUCCUGGAAUUCUCACAGCUUGGGUUUAUUGGAAAGAUGUUCAAAUCGCUGGAUCUCAGCCUGAUUGUGGAGUUUAUACUCAUGUUCUACAAGGACAAGCCCAUUGACUGGCUCCUUGAUCACAUCCUUUGGGUGAAAGUGUGCAAUCCAGAAAAAGAUGCGAAACAUUGUGACAGGCAGAAGGCGAACCUGAGAAUCCGCUUCAAGCCCUCACUCUUCCAGCAUGUGGGAACCCACUCCUCCUUGGCUGGGAAGAUACAGAAAUUGAAAGACAAAGACUUUGGAAAGCAAGCCCUGCGAAAAGAACAUGUCAACCCUCCCGCAGAGGUGAGCACCAGUCUGAAAACCUACCAACACUUUACCUUGGAGAAAGCCUACCUAAGAGAGGACUUCUUCUGGGCAUUCACCCCCAUGGCAGGAGACUUCAUCCGAUUCAGAUUCUUUAAACCACUCCGCAUCGAAAGAUUCUUCUUCCGCAGUGGCAACAUUGAACAUCCUGAAGACAAACUCUUCAAUACGACUGUGGAGGUUUUGCCCUUUGAUAGUCUCCAGUCAGAUAAGGAAGCCCUGCAGGAGGGAAGAGGGACAGUGUUCAAGUACCACAGGACAUCAGAUGGCUACAUACAGAUAGGCUCCUUUUCUAAGGGUGUUGCAGAAGGAGAAGUGGACCCUUCAUUUGGGCCUCUAGAAGCCGUCCGUCUGGUCAUCCAGACUGAUUCUCCAGUGUGGAUCAUCUUGAGUGAGAUUUUUCUGAAAAAAGCAGAAUGA